GCGGGGCCGCGGCGCUUAUAAAGUCAUCCCCGGCCGAGACAUAAACAAACCCCGCUCGGGCUCCGGAACGCACGCACGCACGCCCAUCCUCGGGUCCCGAGCCUCCGGCUGCUUUCUGUUCUCUUUGCAUUGGCAGGCGACAGCAGAGACAUGUCCCGGGAGCUACAGGACGUGGACCUCGCCGAGGUGAAGCCUUUGGUGGAGAAAGGGGAGACCAUCCCUGGCCUCCUGCAAGAGUUUGAUGUUCAGGAGCAGGAUAUUGAGACCUUACAUGGCUCCCUGCAUGUGACAUUGUGUGGGACCCCCAAGGGCAACCGUCCUGUCAUCCUCACCUACCAUGACAUUGGCAUGAACCACAAGACCUGCUACAACCCCCUCUUCAACUCAGAGGACAUGCAGGAGAUCACCCAGCACUUUGCUGUCUGCCACGUGGACGCCCCUGGCCAGCAGGACGGUGCCCCCUCCUUCCCUGCAGGGUACUUGUACCCCUCGAUGGAUCAGCUGGCCGAAAUGCUCCCUGGUGUCCUUCAUCAGUUUGGGCUGAAGAGCGUCAUUGGCAUGGGCACAGGAGCGGGGGCCUACAUCCUGACCCGCUUCGCGCUGAACAAUCCUGAGAUGGUAGAGGGUCUUGUGCUCAUGAACGUGAACCCUUGCGCCGAAGGCUGGAUGGACUGGGCUGCUUCCAAGAUCUCAGGAUGGACCCAAGCUCUGCCAGACAUGGUUGUGUCCCACCUCUUUGGGAAGGAGGAGAUGCACAAUAACGUGGAGGUGGUCCACACGUACCGCCAGCACAUCAUCAGUGACAUGAACCCCAGCAACCUGCACCUGUUCAUCAGCGCCUACAACAGCCGGCGAGACUUGGAGAUUGAGCGGCCCGUGCCAGGAGCGCACACCGUCACCCUGCAGUGCCCUGCUUUGCUGGUGGUUGGGGACAAUUCUCCUGCCGUGGAUGCUGUGGUGGAAUGCAACUCCAAGUUGGACCCUACAAAGACCACACUCCUGAAGAUGGCGGACUGCGGUGGCCUCCCACAGAUCUCACAGCCUGCCAAGCUCGCCGAGGCCUUCAAGUACUUCGUGCAGGGCAUGGGAUACAUGCCCUCUGCCAGCAUGACCCGCCUGAUGCGGUCCCGCACAGCCUCGGGCUCCAGUGUCACAUCCCUGGAUGGGUCCCGCAGCCGCUCCCACACCAGCGAGGGCCCCCGCAGCCGCUCCCACACCAGCGAGGGCUCCCGGAGCCGCUCCCACACCAGCGAGGAAGCCCACCUCAAUAUCACCCCCAACUCGGGGGCCACUGGCAACAGUGCCGGGCCCAAGUCCAUGGAGGUGUCCUGCUAGGCGGCCCGCCUGCCCGCCGCCCUGGACUGGUCUCCGUAGCGGCCGGCCUCCCCCCGGCCCUCCACCCCUGCCCGCCCGCGCUAACCGGUAUUAAUCUCCUGCUGCUUUUGUAAGAGUGAGCUCCGGAAGGAAGUGGCAGAUCCAGUCUGUCCAGGGCUCGUCCUGUCCAGGGACCAGGGUGGGCAGUGGUGGAGCAGCCUGGUGCCCUGUUCCCAUGGACGCGUGGCCCGAUGGCCCCUCCCUGUCCACCCUCAGAAGCCAAACUGCCAAAAACAAGAAACGUGUAGCUGUCAGAAGGUCACAGCUCUAAGCCCGGGCCAGCCCCACGUCCUGGUUCACAGGCAUUCUACCAGCCCUCUUACUUCCUGUUUCCUCCCUUCUUCCUGUUUCCUCCCGUCUAAAGACAGACUGACUCAUUCCUGGAAACAAAGUGGCUUCUGAUUGGAGGCAGGGAGGGAGUUGGAUGUCUCUCAAGUAAGGACAACAGGAAAGGGAAGAAAGGCAGAAUCUAGGAGAGGCAUUUGGAAAAAAACAAGUUCACUUGAAAGAAUUGGUUUUAUAGUGAGUGCGUAUUGGGACCUCUGGUGUGGAAGCCCUUAAGGCUGUUUUCUUUCUGGUAGCCUUUGCAAUGUAUAAGGAGAGCAGCAAUAAGCAGAGAAAACUGUCUUGGCUGAUGUUUGGUGUCACCAUAAUUUCAGACUCUUGUCGCGCUGUCUGCUUGCUGCCCUUGGCUUCCACCCCACCUUGUGGAUGAGUGGGUUGCGUCUUUAUUUGUUCACGGGGAAGGUCGUUAAGACUUGUAGUUGCAGCCUCUGAAACGGAGGGAGACACUCCAGUGAGUGUCCUGGGCUGGGUUGAAUCUUCAGGCAGGGGGUUGGGGGGUGGGAUGGGCAUGGGAUGUGGUGACCAGUGUUAAGUGUGGCACUGCCAGAAUCCAUUGGGUGUUGACUUUUCGAGGAUCCCACUGUCCCAGGAUUCUUUCGUGAUUGAGUCAAGCCCAGUUUCCCAUCACUGACAUCUGAAGCUAACUCUGAUCUUGAUGGCUAAAUGUCUCUCUCCCAGCUAGGAACAGUUAGCAAGAAUAGUUCUUGUGGGGACUAGGGAUUCAUGUGGGGAGUGGACUGAUAAAAUUAGGGUUCUGGAACCUAAAAAUUCCUUCUCUUGCUGUCCCUUCUUCCUGACCUUCUAACUUGUGGAACAGGGAGGUACCACUGACCCUUCUGAGUGACACCUGCCUAACGUCCAGCUCCUGUAACUGAUGCCUUUUGAUGUUCAUUAUGGCUAACCUUGGACUUUGCUGUAGGAAGUAUGAUCAGUCCCCUGAGCUUGGGAAAUCAGCUGCUAGAGCCUGGUGAGUUCCAGGACUCUGGAGUUGGUAGAGGGAAAUAGUCAUGCCUGUAGGUGGUUUGAAAGGCAAUGACUCAGUUUACCUGCCGAUCACCACCUGGGAGGCUUCCUCUGACCUUGUGUAAAAGGAUUGGGGACCCAGGCAAGGGGGCCUAAAUGCAGAACAGAAACCGCUAUACACGUCUUUCCAGAGAAGUUUCUUAAUGAGAUGUUUGUAUUUAUUUCCAGACCAAUAAAUUUGUAACUUUGCA